UGCAACGGGCACACUUUGACAACACGACGGCCAACUCAGCCCAAAAAAAAUUUUGUUUUCUUUACGAACUAACAAAUAAUCAGCAAAAUGAGCCGUCAACAGAACGAAGAGGACACCAACUCGGCGCUGUUCGAUGCCCGCAACGAGUACUACAUCGGCAACUUCAUGGGCUCGAUCAACUUUGUGCUGCCGGAGCAGGGAACCGCAGGAUCUGAGCUGCUGUCGUACAUGUACCUCUCCUACUUGGCCAUCGAUUCCGGUCGUAUAGUGGCCUCAGAUAUCAAGGAGGGCAAUGCCACGCCCCUGCAAGCUCUGCGCCUUGUUCAUGAAGCGUUUGAACAACCCUCGCGGACGGAGGAGCUGCUGGAGAAGCUCACGGACAAGGUGGCCGGGGAGGAGGACGAGACCAACAUCUGGCACAUCGCCACCGCCAUAGUGUACUGCCACGAUGGGCAGUUCGAGAACGCCCUAAAGAUCCUGCACGGCUCCACCAAUCUGGAGUCCAUGGCUCUGUCCGUGCAGUGCCUGCUGCGCCUACACCGCGUGGAUUUGGCCAAGCAGCUGGUGGCCAAGAUGCAGGAGAUCAGCGACGACGCUACACUGACGCAGCUAGCACAGGCGUGGGUGGCCCUCGCCCAGGGCACUGAGCAGAUGCAGGACGCCUUCCACAUUUAUCAGGAGUUCUGCGAGAAGUUCAAGCCUACACCGGGACUGCUCAACGGCCAGGCGGUGGUCCAUCUGGGCCUGGAGCGGUACGAGGAGGCCGAUUCAGUGCUGCGCGAAUCGCUAUUAAAGAAGCACAACGACUACGACACCCUAAUCAACCUGAUGGUGCUGGCUCAUCUCACGGCCAAGCCGGCGGAGGCCAUCACUCGCAACCUGGAGCAGCUGCGGCAGUUCUAUCCCAAAAGCGACUUUGUCACCGACCUGGACAAGAAAUCAUCGGAGUUCGACCGUCUGUGCCUGCAAUACGACCUCGAUGGAGGGGAGAAACUGCUAGCCGUCUAGACAUAAGAAGAAAUUCCAAAUAUUCAUUUAUCAAAACCUUCUGUUUAUGUAUUAAACUACAAUAAAAAAUUUAUUAGAAAUGUA